ACUCUAUCUCGCUCUGCCAUGCGCCCACAGUGCACUACUUAGACAAAUUACUCUCUAUCUCUAUCUCUGCGAGUGUGCUCUGCAAAGUCAGCCGCAUUGGUGUGUGGAAGCCUCUGGGACGUAGGCCAGUGCUUUAAAAUGAGAAAGGAGAGCAGGUUAAUUCGGUGGAUCUGGUGGAUUGUGGUUGUGACAGCUUUGUUUUGUCUGGGCUUCAUCAUAGGCUGGUUUGCAAAGCCCACACAUCCAAACACUGUAAACAACAGUGCUUCUAGCAAGUAUCUGAAGGAGUUUCUGGAUGAAAUGCAGCCAGGCCAGAUCAGAGAGCAUCUCAGGAAAUUUACACGACUCCCCCACCUGGCUGGUACAGAGCAGAACCUGAGAUAUGCAGAGCAGAUCAAGAAAGAGUGGCAGGAGUUUGGACUGGACUCAGUGGAGAUGGUGCCCUACAACGUCCUGCUGUCCUAUCCCAACAAAUCACAGCAAAAUUACAUCUCAAUAGUAGAUCAACUUGGCAGUGAGGUUUUUAACACUUCCUUAGCUGAGCCAGUUCCAGAGGGUUAUGAAGAUGUUUCUAACAUUGUGCCUCCAUACAGUGCCUUCUCUGCCAAAGGACAACCUGAGGGGGAUUUGGUGUAUGUGAACUAUGGUCGUACAGAAGACUUUUUCCAGUUAGAGAGAGAUAUGGGCAUCAACGUUACUGGGAAGAUUGUCAUUGUCAGAUACGGGAAAAUAUUCAGAGGUAAUAAGGUCAAGAACGCCAUGUUAGCCGGAGCAAAGGGGAUCAUUAUGUUCUCAGACCCAGCAGAUUACUGGGCUGCUGGAGUCCAGCCCUACCCUGAUGGCUGGAAUCUACCCGGUGGAGGAGCUCAGAGAGGAAAUGUUCUCAACUUGAAUGGAGCAGGAGACCCACUCACACCAGGGUACCCCGCUAAAGAAUAUACCCACAGAUUCAGCCUUAAGGAUGGAGUGGGACUUCCCAAGAUUCCUGUGCAUCCAAUUGGCUUCCAUGAUGCAAUUCACCUGCUGAAGAACAUGGGAGGACAGAUUCCACCCAACAACUGGAAAGGAGCUCUGAAUGUCUCCUACAGGACUGGUCCAGGCUUUACGGAUGACUUCAAGAGCCACUUUAAUGACCCAGUGGCAAGUAGCCAAAUGAAGUACAAUGGAGGCCCUUGUACCCCCUGUGUGAAGGUGCGUAUGAACAUCCACACUGAAAACCAGGUAACCAGGAUCUACAACGUCAUUGGCAGGAUUAGAGGAGCUCUGGAGCCAGACAGGUAUGUGAUUCUGGGAGGACACCGGGAUGCCUGGGUGUUUGGAGGAAUUGAUCCCAUGUCUGGUGCUGCAGUGGUCCACGAAAUUGUCAGGAGCGCUGGCAGGCUGCUCAGUAAAGGCUGGAGGCCUAGGAGGACUAUGAUAUUUGCCAGCUGGGAUGCUGAGGAGUUUGGACUGCUGGGAUCUACAGAAUGGGCAGAGGAUAAUGCCAAGCUGCUGCAGGAGAGAGCUGUGGCCUACAUCAAUGCCGACUCUGCCAUUGAGGGCAUGUACACACUGAGGGUUGACUGCACUCCGUCUCUACACACUUUGGUGUACGACCUCACCAAGCAGAUAGCCAGUCCAGAAGAGGAAGAGGAGGGAGUUUCUCUAUAUGAGAGUUGGCAUAAGAGGGACAACUGGACAAAUGACCGUGAUGCACCCAGGAUCAGUAAGCUCGGGUCAGGCAGUGAUUUUGAGGCCUAUUAUAUCCGUCUGGGAAUUGCUGCAGGCAGAGCCAGAUACACCAAGAACAAGAAAACAGAGCGGUACAGCAGUUAUCCAGUCUAUCACAGUGUGUAUGAAACCUUCGAGCUAGUGCAGAAGUUUUACGACCCCUCCUUCAAGAGGCUUCGAGCGGUGGCCCAGGUGAGAGCCGGGCUCAUCUUCCUAUUGGCCGAUUCCCAGCUCCUGCCUCUCGAUGUCAACCAGUACGCAGACUCACUGAGGAAGUACGCACAGAGCAUUGCACAGCUGGCACAGAAGCACCCAGAGGAGAUGGAGAUGUAUGAGGUGUCCUUUGAUUCCUUGUUUUCUGCUGUGGAGAACUUCACCGUUGCAGGCAGGGACUUCCAUGAGCGCCUGCAGACUCUCAACAAAGCAGAUCCUCUGCAGGUACGUGUCAUUAAUGAUCAGCUCAUGUAUCUGGAGAGAGCCUUCAUAGAUCCCCUGGGCUUACCUGGCAGACCCUUCUACAGGCAUGUGAUUUUUGCACCCAGCAGCCAUAAUAAAUAUGCAGGGGAGUCUUUCCCCGGAAUCUAUGAUGCAUUGUUUGACAUCAAGAACUCAGAUGACCCAGAGAAGUCCUGGAAAGAAGUCAAGCGUCAAAUCAGCAUUGCAGCAUUCACCGUUCACGCUGCUGCCAUGACCCUAACACCACCUGCAUGAAGCACACACAGUCUAAAGCUAUGUGAUUGAGCUAUCCAUUGACAAUUAUAACACCAGAAUGUGAAGAGAGGGAAAACACUACCUGCAACACACUCCACAGAGAUGGGCAAUGCCUGUUUUAUGAACCUGCCAUGUUCCAGGAACAUCCAGAGCUCAGUAAUACAGUGAAUCACAGUGAUAAACUUGAAUGAAACCAGAUUUCUUUUUAAGGAAAUACAGUUAAACAUUUUAAUCUUUAAAAUGUUUGGGUGAGUUGUGAAGAUGUCCUGUGGCAACAACACUAGUGUGCCUAUACACUACUGUAAGUUUUAUUCCAGUCAUGAACAUCUAUGGUAAAGGUUUUUGUAAUUGUUUAUGACCUCCAAAGACACUUCGACACAUCAGCACGCAGAAUAAUAAAUUAAUUAUUAAUUUAGAGGUCCAACACUGAAUCCAAGCCAAAACAUACAGUACACAUCCUUCAGAAACAUAUAUUUCACCGUUGAACAACAGUAACUGACUUAAGAGAUGCAAAACAAGCCACUGAAAAUUCAAGUGUGCCCUGGUCCUUUCUACACUGGAUAAGUACACCGGCCAACAUGGUCAAAUGCAGCGCCUCACCACAGUAACAUUGCUUACGUUGUGCGUUUGGCUUCUUCCUGUUGUUGACCCUGUGAGAAGGAGGCCAGGUCAAGGUGGGCCCAUGUGAUCAGCUCAGCCUUCGACACCUCCGUCUUUGCAGCCAUCAGGUUCACUAUACUACUGUUCACCUCCACAGCCUGACAGAAUUAAGAAAAAAGCUAUGCUCUUUGUCUAGCACACACUUCUGCUUUUAAAAACACGCUCAAGGUGGUUUCUGGUAGAUGGUAAGGUGGAGAUGGUAACAUGAAAAAGCCUGUUUGCUCAUCAUCUAAUUUAUCAAUUAUACAUAAUCCACUAUGCAGAUAUGUCUAAUCUGUUGUCUGAGAGUACUGCAGCUCUGUCUCUUCUUCAGUUUUUUUUUUUUGAUUCAUAUUUUGUUAUUUUUUCUAUUUUGGGAUUAAAACAUUAACUUGCAUGCA